AUGCCGCCUUCCAAGUUGGUAAUCAAAAUUAGAUCCUUAGAAAGAUUAUUAAAAGAACAAGAUUAUUAUAAAAAUGAACUACUACAGCAACAAAAAAUAGUCAAUGAUUUAAAGGACAACCCAGAAUCGGAUCCAUAUGACUUAAAAAAGCAAAUUGAGGUAUUGAAAGAUACUGAAAGAAUUUUUCCCACAUUAUAUAAUAAAAUAGAUGAAUUUAAGCAAGAUUUAACCAAUUAUUUGGAGUCAAAUAUUACUAGCACUAAUAAUGUUACUAGCACUGGGUCUAUAGAUGAAAAUGAAUAUAAUGCCUGGAAAUCUAAAAUAGAUCAAGUACUAAAAGAGUCUGAAGAAUCUAUAAAAAAUAUUGAUUGA